UUUCUACGCCUGUUUGUCACUUCCUUCGUGACUGAGUGAUUAUGAUAAACGAUGAACGGAAUUUUUAGGAAAUUUGCGAAAUGGGAGACGGUCUGUUGGAGCAUACCAAGUGUUCGUUGUGUUGCACACGUAUCAUUUGCACCUCUACAGGGCACGUCAGCUUGUGCCCUCACAUCUAGCGACGUCCAACUAUUUCCAGCUUAUGUUUUCUACAGCUCCUUCGAAAAUCCGGAGUUCAGUGCAUGUGAAAUAAGCUCUAUUGGUAUUUGGAUUCUUCCAUCCGAAGAGCGGUCAAAUCCUUGAUGGUUUGUCAAGCAUUACAAGGUCCUGAUUACGUUAGAGCUGUCACGUAUUUUGCAUCUCCAAAAUAAUGCAUGACGCUUUUGAACGUGAUCACCUAAAUCUUUCUCAUUGCGGCUUACAGGAUCACUUCUGUAGCAUUUUUACAAGCUCCAUUUUUUCGCAAAACAGUCCAAAAUCGGUUUAGGUUUCAUGAUUUGAAAACCUUGUUAUAAUGAAUAGGACAACUGAGCAACCGGUUUUUAUGGACGCAACAGAGCGAAACCUACCUCGAAUUUUUCACCUGGUAGUUGAAUCUCGUCUGGGCCAAGUAAGUCGGUAGACUUGUUGCCUUUGACCGUCCGGAAGGGGUGCGGUGGAGUCCCAAAUCGGAGUAAGUUGGUAGCAAAUUUGGAGGGCAGAACCAAGUUACUCCGAUUUGGGACUCUGCUCCUUCAAUUCGCCGUCCUCGCGCAAUUUCGUGCAGGAGUAUCUGCACAUUCGCUUUGUAACGUAGCAUUUGCGAGAAUCUGUUGGGCUUUCUUACAAGCUAUCCUCAUGAGUGCCUUCACACGCUGCCGCAGAGUGCUGUCUGCGUACACGCCCCUUGCGCACCGUAUUGCAGGUGGCAAGCCUUCAGGUCUUGCACCCCAACAUUUGGAGCGAUGUCUCUCAACCACUAGCUUGUGCCCUCGGGAGGAUAUUGGAUCAGCACAAGAGCGGUUAUGGAGUCGUGCCAACUUUGCCAGGUCCAAGUUUGCCAGCGGUUACACAGCACUAGCGCCAAAGAAACUGGAGCAGAUUAUGAAGAUUGAGAGUGUCAUUUUCUCGCCGCCAGAGGAGAUCACUCAGAUUUGGAAUGAUUAUCACAUUGGACGAGGGCAUAUAAGUGCCGUCAUGGGCAGUGAAUUGUACAAAAUUUUCGAGCAACGAGCCAACGAAUGCCCAAUUUUUGUCCUUCCUUUGAGGAAAGGCAAUGGCUUCAUCUCAGUUGUUGUACAAGCACAGAUGCCCUAUCUACUCUUUACAGCUUUAGAGGACUACAGAGUUCGAGGGAGUGAAGCUGCUCCUUACUUCACCGUGACCCAUUUCACUGAAUUAGUACCUACCAAGAGUCUAGUGCUGGUAAGGGGCGACAUUGUUUUCACCAGGAAGCUUUCUGAUGACGAGGCGGAUACGCUGUUGAAAACAGCACACUCUUUCUACAUCAACGAUGAAAGAUAUCGGAAAGUUAGAAAAUUCAACAAAGACAGUCGAGAAUUUGACUUCAAAGAGGUUUUGCAAGAGCUUAAUAUUCCAAUGCCCUGAUAUAGUUCAUUGUUGCAACUUCAAAGUUACGGAAGAAAGAUUUAUGUUUCAAGAAGACGAUUUUUAUGUUGAUGCCCUCGAGUAUCGUUCUUCAGGCGAGGGCUCAUUCCACGCUUACAUCAUUGCACCUACAGUUUUAGAGCAUUGCUGUCUACAAGGUUCUUGACCCAAGGACAUGCUUUAGUGGCAAGUGAUUACUAAGCUCAUUGCCCAGUAUUGAGGCAUUUAUUAUUCACGAAUUUUGCAUGAAGUAAAAAUUUCACAUGCAAAUUUUUAGUUGUUUUUUUC